AUGGCGACCACCGCCUUCUCGAUGGAGGGAUCGAAGCACGAUAUGAACACCUUCUGGAGUCGCGCCCGGUACUGGACGGAGGCGAUCAACCCUCUGAUGCUGCUCGAGAAUGAGCGGACACUUCAGAGGCAUCAGCUGCUGCUCGACCGGUGGAGAGAUGGGCAGGCCAGCACCGUCCCGGAUGCGGACCUCUGGCGCGCGCGCGCAGCUCUUGAGAGUUGCAUUCACCCCACCACGCAGGAAGUCAUCUUCCCCGCCUUCCGCAUGUCUAUGUUCCUCCCGAUGAACUACGUUGUUGUCCCGCUCAUGAUGCUACCAUCGACCGUCAUGAGCGUGGGCCGCACGAUGGCGAUCCAGUGGCUCAACCAGAGCUACAACAGCGCCGUCAACUACGCCAACCGCUCGUCUGACAAGCAGCCGGCGUCAGAAAUAUUGAAGGCGUACGUGGCAGCGGUCGCUGUGGCGUGCGGCGGCAGCCUGAUGGCGACCAUGUGGCUGAAGCGCAUCCCCACUAAGACGACGAAGGCGACGCUUAUCCGUGCGACGGUGCCGUUCCUCGCCGUCAGCGGCGCCGCGACGGUGAACGUGGCGAGCAUGCGCAAGAACGAGUGGCUCAGCAGCGGACAGGGCAUCAGCGUCGUCGACGAGGAUGGCGUCACGCGCGGCAAGAGCACCGCGGCCGGAUGGGACAGCCUGAAAAAAUGCAGCGCCACGCGCAUCGCUUGGAACCUCCCGUGCAUGCUGCUGCCGACUCUGAGCGUGAUGCCACUCAUGCGCGUCAGCUCCUUCGUCAGGCACCACACCGUGCUCACGGAAAGCCUGCUGCAGAUGCUCGGCCUCACGCUCGGCGUGCCGCUGGCGCUGGCUGCGUACAACCUUCACCAGACAAUCCCAGCGUUGAAACUUGAGCCGCAGUUCCACGGCCUCCAGCGGCUCGACGGCUCGCCUGUGAAGACGCUCAAGUACUACAAGGGGCUGUAG